CCGGCCAUGCUGUUCCACAGCCUGGCGGGCUCCGAGAUGCACGGCGUCAUCGACGAGAUGGACCGGCGAGCCAAGGGCGACGCGCCCGCCAUCAGCUCGGCCAUCGACCGCGGCGAGACCGAAACGCACGCCAUGCCGUCCAUCAGCAGCGAGCGGGCCGCGCUGUGCGCCGGCUGCGGGGGGAAGAUUUCGGACCGCUACUACCUCCUGGCGGUGGACAAGCAGUGGCACAUGCGCUGCCUGAAGUGCUGCGAAUGCAAGCUCAACCUGGAGUCGGAGCUCACCUGCUUCUCCAAGGACGGCAGCAUCUACUGUAAGGAAGACUACUACAGGAGGUUUUCGGUGCAGCGCUGCGCCCGCUGCCACCUGGGCAUCUCGGCCUCGGAGAUGGUGAUGCGCGCCCGGGACUUGGUGUACCACUUGAACUGUUUCACCUGCUCCACGUGCGCCAAGAUGCUGACCACGGGCGACCACUUCGGCAUGAAGGACAGCCUCGUCUACUGCCGGCUGCACUUCGAGGCGCUUCUCCAGGGCGAGUACCAGCUGCACUUCAGCCACGGCGAGGGCCCCGCCGGCAAAGGCCCGGCGCUGGGCACCGCUGCCCCGCUGGGACUGCCCUACUACAACGGCGUGGGCACGGUGCAGAAGGGGCGGCCCAGGAAAAGGAAGAGCCCCGGGCCCGGCGCCGACCUGGCCGCCUACAACGCAGCUUUGAGCUGCAAUGAGAACGACGGGGACCACCUGGAUCGCGACCAGCAAUACCCCAGCAACCAGAAAACGAAGCGCAUGAGGACGUCGUUCAAACACCACCAGUUGCGGACAAUGAAGUCUUAUUUUGCUAUAAACCACAACCCGGAUGCCAAGGACUUGAAACAGCUCGCUCAGAAAACAGGCUUGACCAAGAGGGUUCUCCAGCGAGCUGCCAUGUUCAUGAACGGGGGCUCCCAAGGUGAGGGCCCCUGUGAGCACAGCCACGAGGAUUCUGUGCACUUGUGA